AUGUUUGGUGCUCUCCCGCCGAUAGAACCCAGGGAUUCGCAUACCCUAUGGUACUCAUCCUCAUACACAGGACGAUCGGUAACCAGCUCUUCCCAAAACACAGUUGCCGGCGGGCAACCCCCACAACCUGGCCGUCGAAAUGGCCGGUCUCAAGGAGCAAACACUCCUCUCUUCUCAGCUUCAUUUGACCCACUCUCUACACUUCUCGCCGAAGAACGUGCUCUUAAACUACGAAAACAGAACAUUGCAUCCUUUGGGUUUUCAUGGAUUCGACCCGCAGGUUUCCCCAAGACCAUGAUGGGCCUUCGAGAAGAGGAGAUGGAGUGUGAAGAGGGUACUGGCGCGGGGUUAGGUGAGGGCGAUAUAGAAGAAGAAGAAGAGUUCAUGGAAGGAAUUGAAGGCGGCGAGGGAGGUAUGGGGCUAGAUGGUGCUGGGGAGGGCGAAGAAGGGGAUACUGGUAUGGAGAGAGAUUUAGACGGUGAUAUUCCUGACGGCGACGGGGAAGGGUUUGGGCUAAUAGAGGAAGGUGAGGAGGGGUAUGACGAUGAGGAAGAAGAGUUUCUGGAUGAGGAGGAAGAAGGGAUGAUGGAGAGGGAUCUGGAUGAUGAUGUUCCUGAGGCUCCGGACGGUGAUGAGGAGGAUGAAGAGGAGGAGGAUGACGACGACGGGGACGAUGAUGAAGACGAAGAAGAGGAAGAAGGGUAUGGCGACACUAGUGAGGUGCGCAGUCCUCCUGGUACGACGCCAAAUAGUAGGACGCCUCGCGAGUCGAGUAUGAUGAUGGAGCGAGAUCUAGACGGCAGCGUCCCGGAUGCGCCACGGGAGACUCCCUCGCAACAGCAGGAAUGGGAACAUACGGACUCUGAUGAAGAUAUUUAUGAUGAUGACGACGAGGAAGAGAAUGAAGAAAACGAGCAAGAAGAGGAAGAUGAGGGCCAUUCGAGGUUAAGUUGGGCCAGCCUACCUCCGGGAUAUAUACCCCAACUCACGCCCUCAGGGCCACGGCGAGAAACCGAAGCCGAACGGCUGUUCCUUGAAAGAUGGGGAGGAAACGAUGAUAGUAUAGAUCUUGGAUCAAGCAGCAUCCUACCGGCCAAUCCGCUGAGUAUAUCUCGACGACGGAGCCGGAGACAUGCAGACGAGGACUCUGAGCUAGAAGACAUGUGA